AUGGCGGACGCUUCAUUGCAGGACCGCCUGCGCGAGCACUCAAAGGCCUUUGAUGGUCUUUUGUCUCUCAUUCCAGCAAAGAUGUAUUACGGGGAAGAUAACUCUGCUUACACGGUUUCUUCGUCACAGGAACAAUGGAAAAAGAAGAAGCAGACAAAGGCUGAGGCCAAAGCAGCAAAGACGGCCAAGCUGGAUCCCGACAGCGAGCUGAACCGCAACGCCAAGGAGGUCAUGGACGAGCGGGCGCGCAGCAAGAGAAAGCUCCAGGAUAUGCAGGAGGAGGAGGACAAGGAGGAUGACGACGAGCCGAUUGCUGGCGUCCAGAGGGAGCUCCCCGGUCAGGGACUCCGCAACAAGGAGAAUAAGAAGCAGAAGACUGCCGACCCGAUCGACACGAUUGAUGACGCCAACCCCGCCGAAAUGUCCCAGUCGCAGCUCAUGAGGCUCGCGAAGAAGGAGGCUAAGACGCAGAAGCGCCAGGACAAGAAGGACAAGAAGGCGGCGAAGAAGGCUGCCAAGGCGGAAGCCGCCGGCGAAGAACCAGCGGAGGCGGCGGCCGAGAGCAAGCCCACGGAGCCUCCGAAGGCUGCAAAGAAGGCGGCGCCUAAGAAGCAACAGAAGAAGGCCGAGUCGACGGAUGCCGCGCCUGUCGGAAACAACCACGACAGAGACGACGAAAAGGAGGCCUACGAGACCGUAGACGAGGGAUCCGACGAUGACGCGAAGCCCUCCAAGAAGAGCAAGGAUGUACGCCCGCUGGACGUCGCCGGCAUGGACAACGCUGCCGACACCAGCGGCGACUCGACACCGCAAUCGCCCACCUUUGACGCCGCCCAUACCACCGCCGACCCCGCAAGCACCACGACCUCCACCAGCUCAACGGUCCCGCCUUCCGAAAAGCCAAAGCACAUCAAGCUCCCCGCCGACACCUCCGCUCUCCGUGCCCGCCUCGCCGCGAGGAUAGAAGCCCUCCGCGCAGCCCGCAAGGCCGACGGCGCCGACGGCAAGCCCAUCCGCACGCGCGCGGAGCUCAUCGAGGCCCGCCGCGCGAAACAGAACCAGCGCAAGGAGCACAAAAAGGAGCUCCGCCGCCAGGCCAAGCUCGCCGAGGAGGCCAAGCGCGAGGAGGCCCUCGCCUCCAACUCGCCGAGCGUCAUGUCGCCCCGCAUCGACCUCGACCGCGACGACGAGCCGGCCAACUACGCCUUCGGCCGCGUCGCCUUCGAGGACGGCACCAAGCUCUCGCACGAUCUCUCGCACGCGCUGACGUCGCACAAGAAGAAGGGCCCCUCGGACCCCAAGACGGCGCUCAUCAAGAUCCAGAACCAGAAGAAGCGCCUCGCGGCGCUGGACAAGGAGAAGCAGGCCGACAUCGCCGAGAAGGAGCAGUGGCUCAUCGCCAGGCGGCGCGCCGAGGGCGAGAAGAUCCGCGACGACGAGGGCGCGCUCAAGAGGGCCGUCAAGCGCAAGGAGCAGACCAAGAAGAAGAGCGAGAAGGCGUGGAAGGAGCGCAGCGACGGCGUCGCCAAGGCCAUCCGCGAGAAGCAGAAGAAGCGCGACGACAACAUUAAGAAGCGCAAGGACGACAAGCUCGCGCACAAGCUGGGCCGCAAGAGCGGCAAGAAGGUCGGCGGCGGGGCGAAGAAGGCGCGUCCUGGGUUCGAGGGUAGCUUCGGCGGCGGCAAGAAGAAGAAAUAA